ACAAUAUGUAGAGGAAAAAAUCGACCAUGCGUAUACAUUUAAAGGACUCGGGUUUUCCUUGUAUCCCCAAUUGCUUCUUCCCAGCCGUACGACAGGUGUGUAAGGAUGGCUAGUGCUCUCCAACUGUACAACACCGAACCGUGUUACCUGGUGUACCAACGGCGUGGACGAACCUACUACCUGUCACCGGGCAAAAGGGGGAACCGAAUCACAACCAAACAGCGGAAGGAGAGCGCUGCUGUCCUUAUGCACACCUAUCAGUCGACAGGAAGCGAGUCUAAAGUGAUGCUUGAGUUUGGAAACGGUGCAACUGUCGCGACACAUUUCUAUCACCCUCAACUGCCCCUGACAUUGACUAGAGACGUGGAUGAAGUAGACGGCGCGGCCCCACCGCCAGCCUGCCUCUUCUGCUUGGAACCUGCCUACGGUAACAUGUAUCGUCUGCGGUCCUGUCAGGACAAGCGCUAUUACGUCACCAUCCAGCGGAACGUUGCUGUCCUGAGAACACUGGAUGACAGGGAUGUGAAGGAGAGAGACCAGAUGUUCAGAAUCUGGAAAUGAUUGCAACAAUAUUGAAUCGAUCAGUGUUAUGGUAGUUACGUCGAUAAGAAACUGUCUGCAAAUGACUCUACCUGGUUCCGUCCGCCAUUUUUCUUUCGAUCUUGUGAUUUUGUGUCUUUGAUUUUCUGAGAGUUGUUCGAUUGGUGGGUGAGCCUACGGAUUUGGUCUAACGUAAUCUAACAAAUGCCUUACGUUUACUUGUACAACCAACUUACUGAUAACUAACAUUUGACAACUAACAUUUGAUGCAGUCCUGUGCUUUCGUUUUGUUUUUGUUUUUAAGAAAAUGCAAUAGAUUGAAAGAAAAAAAAACAUUUUUAACAGUAAGCAUAGUUUACUUUGCUGUACAACUUGUCAUAAGCGAA